CAUCACAGCAACUGCAGCAUCUGUGGGAGCGGCUGGCGUGCCUCAGGCUGGUCUGGUUACCAUGGUGAUAGUUCUGGCCGCUGUGGGUCUCCCCGUGGAUGACGUCACAUUGAUCCUCGUCGUCGAUUGGUUCUUGGAUCGGUUCCGCACAAUGACCAACGUGAUGGGUGACAGCCUGGGAGCAGGUAUCGUCAACCACUACUCCGCGGACGAGAUGCCUCCCUUGGACCAUGAGAUGCACGACCCAGACGGCGCGGAGAAGGUGCCCAACGGUCAGCAAGACACGACCCCAGUGUAACCACAAACAACAGAUGGAGACGCCAAGUCCCGCGCUCUGUACUAACUAAUGGCCAUACCAACUAUUGUCUCCCAUUGGCAUUACGUGGGUUGACAGUAUUCAUAAUUUUGAAUACCCGGAUGUUAUAUGUCAACCCUUCGGUGUAACGUCGAAUUGCAGCAGAAGGAGUGUGGGGUUGAGUUUGCUUGGACAACACACAAACAGACUGGGACUACAACUGUAGAGGCAGAGCUGAAUUCAACUUUUCUUCUUUAGCACGGGUGAAGUUUAUUUCUACUACUUAGAUUAAAGAAACGAGGAAAAAUAAACUGAUCAAAUUAUGUUGGCCACGCGUUAUGUAUCUUAAAAGUUGAGGCAUGUUUCUCACCCUAUAGUUUAUCUUGUAGUUACUGCAUAGAUAAAACGAAAAGUAGAUUUUGAAUGGGACUGGUGAUUUACAAAUAAACACAGAAAAUGGCCGGUCUAAAAAAACAGGAGGAUUAAUUAAUUGAUUGUUUACUUUACGAAAUUAACUCAUAAGCAGAUAUUGACGUUACAAUAUCUUGUUGCUGACGUCGAGAAUCUAAAGGUAUAGUUUAAAAACUCUAUUCUAGACCACCAACAACUUGUACAGCUUCGUUUGGACUGGGAAAUUGGCAGCGGCGUGGUGGUGUUUGCACUGUGUCUGUUCAAGUAUCAUUUAUACAUCUCAGAAGUAUGGCAUCCCCAUUGGUUUGGUAUUCUAAGAAAAAACAUGUUUAAAUCAGCACCGUCUACUAAUGAACACUUUGAUUGGGUUGUAAUGAGGGCACUGUUUAAUGUUUUAUUUUUUUAAAUUCUGAGAGCAAAAUAAUCCGAACUCGAUGUUAUAGUACGAGAUUCGAAGAAAUAUUGGGUUUUUUUAAUGAAUUGAAAGUGAUUUUUGCAUUUCCAAUUGUGUUACUCGGAAAAGAAGGUUUCCAUUGCUUAUUUUUCUCCAUUCAGAAAUGAAUAGGAAGUUAAAAAGAACUGAUGACAGGAAGUCAACCUGCUCCAGGCUGACAAUCACAUUUGUACGUGACAUAAAAUGUGCCUGGCGUGGGUGUCUUGCCAUUCCUAUUUUUUGCCUGUCCAUAACAAUUACUUUGACAUUUCUGAAAAUCGCAUGAUUGAGGGAAACUCCAGAAGGCGGAUUCCGAUUUCUCGCUGUUUUUGCAUGGACAUUGAGCAUCGGAAAGGUGAGAGGGCAGAGGUUAGUUGUCUCAACUAGUUUUUCAACAAUUUGCGGAAAUGACAUUUCCGAUGAUCCAAUUUCUGGGCAAAAUUAAAGGAUCAAAUGUCGGAUCGUUCGUGUGGUCUUUUGCCACGUGGGUAGAGAGUGCAUUCUUUUGCAAGUUUCUGUAUGUGCAUAUGAGUGUAUGUGUGUAUGCUUGUAUGUGUGCGAGUGUGUAUGUGUGUGUAUGUGUGUGUGAAUGUGUGUGAGUGUAUGUUUGUAGAGGUGCGUAUAUGAAAUAGAAAGAACGAGCAUGCGUAAGUGAGAGAUAGAUAGUGCUCUUAAGCGUAUGUAUGUGUGCUUGUGUGUGUAUGAGAGUAUUUGUGUCUGCAUUUGUUAAUGUCGUUGCAGUCAUAUCUUUAUCCUUGAGGUUACUGGCCUCUUGAUUUAUUUGACUUUCUUUCUUUCGGUGUAUCUACCCUUUACCUUCUCCUUAUACGAUGUCUCCGUUUUCUUUUCUUUUCGGUAUUAUCAUCAUAUUAGGCAUAUUUAUAUGAUAUUCUCUCCAUAUUCCUGCACAUAACCAUCACUCCUAACGUAUCGAUUUUAGACCAUUCUGUCUGAUAAACUUGUUGGUAGCAACGUAUGUUCUUACAUCGGCUUUCCAUGCUCCACGUAUUGGCUUAUAGCAUAUGGUCUAUGUCAACGAAGCGCGUAAGAUACUUAUAAAAUUCCGAGUAAACUAAGGUGAUGUAUUUUAAUCUACUUACAGAGUGAACUGAUUUCAUUUUUAAAAAUGUACCAAGCAUACACUUUAUAUUAAGAAAUUCCAGCUGCCGUCGGUUUGUUUUAAUUGUCCUCUUCGCAAUUAUUCCAAAGCUUCAUUUCCAUCUUAUACCGUCAUUAACUACCCUGUUUCCUCCUCCCUCCUGAUCGACCGGUCGUACUGCCUGCUUUUUGUCAGCAAUGUCUCGGUAAAUGAGAUUGAGAGGAUUCCAGUGUAGAUUGAUUUAUAUCACGCUCUACUGUAUGAAUAUAAUCUCAUUCUAUUCAUAUACUUUUUACAAACAAAUUCGUAGACGUAGUUUUAUUUGUGUCAAUGCUCUGUCUUUUCUAACAUUUUCACGGUCCACAUAUUAUGCUGUGUCCAUUAUUACCCUGCACUUUGAUGAAAUCUUAAAAAGUUAACAUGAUAUUUGAGAAAAGGAAUACAUUUAAUUUCCUGAGAAU